AUGCAUCUGUCUGCCGCUCUGCUCGGCCUGCUCUACGCAGGCAGUCCUGCCGUCCAGGCCUUUCCCGAUCUCUUCUCAGGACGUUCCUCGGACCGUAGUCAAGGCCCGGCUCUAGAUGAUGCAUCACCGCUGCCGUGCAAAUGGUCCAUCACGGCCACUGCUGCCGUCCGCCGGACCAAGAAGAAGCGGCUCCUGUUCGACCCGCUGACGACGCCGAUCGAGGUCACUGGCGAGCACGUUUUCAUCGCGCCCGACUUUGCUGCCGGCGACCAGCGGGGGCCCUGUCCCGGGCUCAACGCGUUGGCGAACCACGGUUACAUUGGCCGCAACGGCGUCACCAGCCUGCUCGAGGCCACCGCGGCCAUCAACGAAGUCUGGGGCAUGGGCAUCGAUCUCGGCGGCGUGCUCGCCCUUCUGGGCACCGUCUUCGUAGGCAACCCGCUCUCGCUCGACCCCGGCUUCUCAAUCGGCAACACCUCUUCGGCCGUGCACAACCUGCUCGGCGAUCUCGACGGCCUCCUCGGCACGCCGCGCGGCCUCGACGGGUCCCAUAACAUCAUUGAGGGCGACUCAUCCGCCACGCGCGCGGAUCUCUACGUCACUGGUGACGCCUCCACCCUCGUGCUCCAGCAGUUCCGCGGUCUCUACGACCGCUCUACCGGCGAGGGCGACUACAACAUGGACGUCCUCGGCGCCCAUGCUGACGCCCGUUUCACCGAGACCGUCGCGUCCAACCCGCAGUUCUACUACGGACCCUUCACUGGCAUGAUCGCCCGCAACGCCGGCUACAUCUUCUCUGCCCGCAUGUUUGCCAAUCACUCCGCCGCUAACCCGACAGGACUGCUGAACAAGAAGACGCUUAUGAGCAUCUACGGUGUCGAGAUGAUCAAUGGCACGAUGGUGUACAAUAAGGGUCACGAGCGCAUCCCAGAGAACUGGUAUCGCAGGCCAGUCGACUACGGUUUGGUAGAGCUCAACCUCGACAUUGUCGCUCUGAUACUCAAGUACCCGCAACUUGCUAGUAUCGGAGGCAACGUAGGCACGGUCAAUAGCUUUGCCGGCGUAGAUCUCGGCGAUCUGACCGGAGGUGUGUUGAACGCCGCCAAGCUCCUCGAGGGAAACAAUCUUCUCUGCUUCGUUUUCGAGGUGGUCAAGACGCUGGCGCCAAACUCUCUUUCCUCCCUGUUUGCCACCAUCGAGGCACCUCUGCAGCUUUUGCUGGACACCCUCGACACAGCUUUGCUUAACAUUUCGUGUCCAGCAUUCAAGGACCUGACCAUAGGGGGUACACCCUUUCAGGAUGCUCUUACCAACUUGUACCCAGGGACGAACGUUACUGGCUCUGUGUUGUGA